UGGUUGUCCGGUAGGAGGAGAGGAGACUAUGCUUUCUGUUUGAUCAUCUCGUUCCCAAAUAUAAAGCCGUCUUCGUCGUACUUCUGCAAACGUACGGAAAAGGGAAGUGGGUGUCGAAAGUUGUCGAAAGGGUCUCUCGCCACUCUUAUUUUCAUAGUUUCAUUAGCAGUAUGGCUGGCGGGUCGGUGUCGGAGUGUAAGGAAUAUUUGUUCAAAGUUUUGGUGAUUGGGGAACUGGGUGUAGGAAAGACGAGCAUCAUCAAAAGAUACGUUCACCAACUUUUCUCCCAGCAUUACAGAGCCACAAUUGGUGUCGAUUUUGCCCUCAAAGUUAUCAAUUGGGACAGCAAAACAUUGGUUCGACUGCAGUUAUGGGACAUUGCAGGUCAAGAGCGAUUUGGGAACAUGACCAGAGUGUAUUACAAAGAGGCAGUGGGGGCAUUUGUUGUCUUCGACGUGACCAGGAGCUCCACGUUCGAGGCUGUGUCCAAGUGGAAGCAUGACCUGGACAGCAAGGUGAAGCUGGCCAAUGGUAGCCCCAUCCCAGCUGUCCUGCUGGCCAAUAAGUGCGACCAGAAGAGGGACUGCUCUAGCAACGCCUCCCUCAUGGACAGCUUCUGCAAGGAGACUGGCUUCCUAGGCUGGUUUGAGACAUCAGCCAAGGAGAACAUAAACGUGGAGGAAGCUGCUCGCUUUCUGGUGGAGCACAUCCUCCUCAACGACCAGGGCCUCCCAUACGAGGAGAGCAUCAAGCUGCACGAAGAGCCCAUGGUUGCAACGAGCAAGUCCGGCUGCUGCUAGCACCCUGUUUCUUUCAUUAAAGGGCAGGGAGGAAGGGUCUGAGGGACUGAGACCCCAGAGUUACCAAAUUUCCCCCCAUCCCCACCCCCCAAUCUUGGUACCUCCUCCCCAGGCUCCUCACCGCUCACCCCGAAAUCAGCAGCACAAGUGCACAAUCCUGGCCCACAAGUCUUGGCUCUCCAGGAGUGAAACCAUAGCUGUGAGGAUGAUUCUGUGUGAAGUUACCACUCCAUCUCUCUCUGUCUCUCUACCUGUCUCUGACUCCCUAUGACUCCAAAAGUUGUUUCUCUGAGAACUUCAUCUUUGUAGCAAGGGAUCCAAAAGGGUCAAUCAAUUGAAAUUUUUUUUUUCUUUCUUUUUUUCAUUGAAAUGAAAUGUAAUCCUGUAGGUGUCAUAGGAGGGUGUUACCAAGUACAUCUUUCUUUUAGAUGCAAUUUAAGAUAGUGCUCAUAAGAUGUUCUCAAUUUUCCACAAUGUUAUAUAGGCCAUAGCUAUCAGCGUGCCAGCUGGUGACAUUUGCCAAUGAGGCUUGGCCCUGGGAAAAGUUCUUUCAGGAAUCUUGCUGUCUUUCUCAAAUGAUACUGAAGAAAGACUUUAAAAUAAAAGUUUAAAAUUUUACCUCUCUCUCUCUCUCUCUCUCUCUCUAUCUAUCUAUCUAUCUAUCUAUCUAUCUUUUUCUUUUUCUGUUUACUUAUCGCAAUCAGUUGCCUUCCAGACUUCACCAAUAAGAAGCUUAUUACACAGAAGGACAUUAUCCAUUAUCAAGGAGGAAAG